CACCAGAGGAUGAGGGGCUCGACAGCCACCCAACGGCUCCGACAGGACUACUUGCGGAUCAUUAGGGAUCCGGUGCCCUAUGUCUCGGCCCAUCCGCUCCACAACAAUAUCCUCGAGUGGCAUUACGUGGUUCGCGGACCGGAAGGGACGCCGUAUGUGAACGGUGUAUAUCACGGGAAGCUUCAGUUCCCGUCGGAGUUUCCGUUCAAACCGCCGGCUAUUUAUAUGUUGACACCAAACGGACGGUUCAAGUGUGGCGUUCGGCUGUGUCUGUCCAUCAGUGACUUUCAUCCCGACAGUUGGAACCCGGCGUGGAGUGUGUCCACCAUUUUGACCGGUUUGCUAUCGUUUAUGGUCGAGAAGAACCCCACAAUGGGAUCCAUUGAGACCACCGAUUACGAGAAGAAACGAUUGGCCCAACAGAGCCUUGAGUUUAAUCUCAAGAACAAGAUAUUUGUGGAACUGUUUCCCGAUUUAGUCGAGGAAAUGAAAGAAAUGUUACGAAAGAGACAAUCGUUGGAAGCGAAGAAUAGUGUGAGCGGAAGAGUGACUGAAUUGGGAAACUCUUUGCGAUCGGGUUUACGAGCGAAUCAGGAGAACGGAUACUUCGGUAACGCAAUGGCCAACGUUGUGGUGAUCGUUGGGUUCGCGGCCUUUAUGUAUACCGUUCGGUGGGUUCUGUUGAGUAUCACUGAAACCAGUGAUUGAGUACUACAUGUGAUAGAAAAUUACACACAUUUUAAAGCUAUUGUUUGCGUUUCAUUGACACUAUAUUUGAGUUAGUAUUGCGAGAAAAGGCCACACAAUUUGAUGGCCACAACGGGUAUGACUAUAUGUCUUAUAAAUCAAUUUAGAUUUAACUUGAAUUUGGUUUGAGUUUUGAUGCCAUUGAGAGUCUGUGUGUAAAAUACUGUAUUUCAUUGUAAACUUACAAAUGACCAUUUGUUUAAACUCAUCAUGGUGAUGCCAUCAUAUUGUUGUAAUCUCGAUAUUUUGUGUCCAAUAUAAGGCCAUCUUUUUAUACCCGUAUUUGGUGUACAUUUCGCGCAAAAC